CAGAAGCUAGCUACCGAUUUCUGAAGAUAGCUAGCCCCAAACAAAUCAGAGAAUUGUUCGAGCAUGGCUGCCCCAGUUGUCCCCAGUUUGAUUGUCAAUGAACUUCUUAACAAAAACAACUACGAAGCUUGGAGUUUUCGGGUCGAAACCUAUUUAAGAGCUAAAGGUCUUUGGGGUAUUGUAGAAGACGACGCUGAGCCUCAUCUUAAAGGCAAAGAUAAACGUGAGGCUUGGGACAAGAUCAACGCUGAAGCUCUGCAUGCAAUUCAUAUUUGUUGCGGAAAUGAGGCCUUUUCAGCUAUCAAUGGCGAAACGUCAGCCAAUAAAGCCUGGAAGACUUUGGCUGAAUACCCAGGUGGUGAUGACACCUCAGCCGAUAGUGGUAGUGAGACAACAAAAGAAGUAGAGACGGAAGAUGCUAAGACAGAAAAAGAAGCGGUUGAAGGCGAUCUUCAAAGUGAAGAUGAGCGAGCGAAAGAAGAAGCUGCUGAGCGAGAGAAAGAAGAGGUUGAAGAAGAAGGAGAUGGAGAUGAGCACAGUGACAGCGACAAUACCAAGUAUGAACCUUUGUUUCGUGAUGUGAAACAAUCGAAAUGGGAUGAUGUAAUGAACUUUAUCGAAAAACACCCUGAGGCAGUAGGAGAAACAGCUCCAACAGACGACGGCAAGACAGUUCUCCAUUAUGCAGUUGAAGCUGUGAGGGUGGAUAUUGUAAAAAAGUUGUUGCCGUAUAUUAUGGCAGAUGAUUAUUUGGAAAUAGAGGACGAUGAAUGGUGUUCCGCACUUGAUUAUUGUUCUAUGUUGCCUGAUAAAGAUGAAAUGGUCGAAAUAGCUAAAUGCUUGGUUCAAAAGAAGGAGGAGUUAAGUGCAGGUGGUGUCGAUUAUCCCUACUUACUUGUCGAAGCUUUUAUUAACGGCAGACCAAAAAUGGCUGACUAUCUCUACAAGGUCACUCCGCUCAAAACUGACGAUACCCAUGCCGCUGCACUUAUUUCCCUCAGUUUUGGCACGAAAAGAUUUGAUAUUGCGUGCGAUUUAAUCCAGCGAUACCCAAGCUUGGCUGUUGCUGAAGACUUCUCUGAGAAGUCCCCUUUGAACGUAUUGGCAUGUACGCCUUCUGCAUUCUUGAGUGGAAGCGAGCUGAAAUUUUGGGAAAAAUGGAUUUAUCACGGUAUAUACAUAAAACCUAGUCCUACCAUCAAGAGUGAGACCAUUGACGAGGACAACAAAGGAAAACCCACUGCUACACCCGAUGCAAUUUCCAUAGACGUCGUUCCAACACAAGGAGAUGGCAAAGAUAAUUAUAAGCAGAGUGGUCUCAUUCGCUCAGUAAUGGCUUUGUUUAGAGGACCAAUAAUCAAGAGUAUCCGCAAGUUUUUUGGGAUCAAUCGUAUCUAUCAUAUGAAACUGAACCAUGUCCGCAGCCUUGAAAUCCUAUCUUGCAUGUGUAAAGUAUUGACGACAGAAGAGAUGAAAAGUCUCGACGAGAAGCAAGAAAAAUUUGUGGAAACAGCAAUCGUCCAAGCAGCAGAACGGGGGCUUGUUGAGUUUAUGACUCAUAUAUUUAGGGUUAAUCCAAACUUGGUAAAAACUUUAGAUGACAAAGGCAGGAACCUAUUUCAAGUAGCAGUCGAGUGUCGUCAAGCAAAAGUUUUUAAUCUUAUACAUGCGUUGACCAAAGACACCAAAAAAGAUGUUAUGAGUUUGACAGAUAAUGAUGACAACAAUAUGCUACAUAUGAUGGGACUUUUCUCACCAUUUGCACAAACCAAUCGUAUCCGUGGUGCGGCUUUGCAAAUGCAAAAAGAACUACAAUGGUUUCAGGAGUUGGAGAAUAUGGCUAGACCGGAAGAUCUUGAAGCAGUUAACGAUACACAUGAUAUGAAACCGCGUGAUUUUUUUUCUAAGAAUCAUAUAGAAUUGGUGAAGGAGGGAGAAAAGUCGAUGAAAGAAACAGCUACCUCUUGUACAGUUGUAUGUGCUCUCAUUGUUACCAUGAUGUUUGCUGCAGCAUUCACAGUUCCCGGUGGAAAUGAAGAUGAUGGUGAUCCUGUACUAUUGAAAAGAAGGGCAUUUAGGGUUUUUAUAGUUGCAGACGCUAUAUCACUCUUUACUUCAACUACUUCAGUAAUGUUAUUUUUGGGAAUUCUCACGUCUCGUUAUGCAGAAGAAGAUUUUCUCAUAUCUUUACCUCGAAAAAUGAUAUUGGGUCUUCUGACCCUUUUUCUUUCCGUGGCCGCCAUGAUGAUUGCUUUUGCAGCUGCCCUCUUUCUUAUGCUUCCCAAAGACUCAUGGAUUGCUGUUCCUACUAAUUUAGUUACGGGUAUCCCAAUUGCCUCAUUUAUAUGGAUGCAAUUUCCCUAUCUUAUGGAGAUCUUUAUUUCUACUUAUAUGCCAGGAAUAUUUGACAGGAAUGUGGAAUUAAACCUGGGAAAAAUUAGAUUUAAGGCCUGAUGCAUUUAUCUUUGGGUUUGCUAAUAUUAAGAAGCUUGUAAUAAA